AUGGUUUUAUUAAAUAAUUAAUAUGUUGAUAAUGUAUUAAUUUUUAGGGAAAUAAAUACUAUCUGGUUAGUAAUUUUCUGCAUAGUCUUUGGUAAAGAAUAUACUAAUAAUUAAUAUUAAACAAAAUCAACACAUUAUGACAACCUUAACUCUAUGUCAAUUAUGCAUCCACCUUUAUGAUAGAAGAAAUUCUUAUUUUGGUACUAAUUGAUUAGUAAAAAUUUUUUUUCCAUUUUCAAAGUAAUACAUUGGUAAUUUGUUUGCCUUCAAUUUUUAAGUUAUAAUAAUUUAACACCUACUACAAUUGUAUUAAUAUUCUUUAUACUUAGAUAAUUAUCAAAAAUAGAAAUGAAUAAGUUACAAUCUGAUGAUUUAAAUGCAAUUGUGAACAUUCAAUAUGGAAUUGGGUUUGAGCUUAUUGAAGGCCAAAUUGAAAUUGAGAUAACAGUUUUCAAUGAAACUAAAAAAUCUAAAUCUCUUUCGGCGUGUAGAAAUCGAAUAAACUUUUAUGAAGAGUUAAUAUGGAAAAUUGACAAAACUACACUAAAAUAUAGUCGAUCAACAAAUGCAAUUGUUAAGGUCGAAUGCUUUAGAACGACAGAAAAAGUAUUUUAUGGAAAUGUAUACAGGAGACAAAGAAUUGGACAUGUGAUUAUUAAGCUAAAAGAAUUUCAAAUAAUAGGACGUAACUGGGAUCAAGAUGUAUCUAUUAGGAGUUAUAAGCUUCUUGGUACUAGUAGGUACAUAGAACUUGUCAUUGUUUUAAUAAUACAAGAAGAUUUAGAAUUUGAGGAUUCCAAAGAUGUAAAAAAAAGCUCAAAAUUCAAUAAUAAGGAAAUUAAUAUUACAAAACAACCAAUAGAACUCAAUAAAUAUGAAUUAUACAGAAAAUAUAGUGAUACAAUGGUCCAGGAAAAAGGCAAUAUAUAUGAAACACAAAGAGAGCAAAAUGACAGAAUAAAUCAAAUCAAUGUAAAAGAUAAGAAUCAAUUUAACAAUAUAAUAGACAAACAAGAAUCACAAUUUCACGAAACUCUUAAUAGAUGUGAAGAAUUAUUAAACAGUUUAAAUAUUAAUAAUAAACAUGAAGAAUUUUGUAAAAAAGGAAUGAAUAAUAUGAACGAAUUAAACAUUGCAAAAAAAAAAGUUGAACAAUCAAUUAAAGAAAGCAAAGAAUCUUUAAAAUUAAAUGAUUACAACGAAUAUAAACUAAGUGAAUUAUUAGCAACUUGUUUGAAACAUACAGAUGAAUGGUUAAAAGUUAUGCAAAAAAUUAAAAAAGAUAUUGAUGUAAACAACCUAACCAAAUGCUCUAGUAAUUCAUUUUGCAAUUCAAGUAUUCAAUCUGAAAAUGACUUUGAAAGGCCAACUAUUAUAGUAAAGGAAAUAAAAAGAAAACUUAAUGAGUUAACAGAAUAUAUGAUUAAUAUGAACAAUAAGGUUAAGAACAAUAAAUGUAAACGUUCGAGAGAAAUAACAACUCUAAAAAAUACAAAUUUCAGGUUGACAAAAUUAUGCGAUAUAAUUGCAAAGAAAAUAAGCGAUGACCGAUGAAGUUAUUUAAUAAGAGCAUUAUAAUAUGUAGAUUCAUCAAAAUUAUUAUUUUUGACAAAAAAUCCUCAAAAAACACAAUUACAAUGUUC